AUGGGUGAGAGGCCCACCGUUCCAGAGGCAACAAGCGGCAGCAGCCAUGGGUCAGAGGCCAACCGUUCCAGAGGCAACAAGCGGCAGCAGCCAUGGGUAAGAGGCCAACAGUUCCAGAGGCAACAAGCGGCAGCAGCCAUGGGUCAGAGGCCAACCGUUCCAGAGGCAACAAGUGGCAACAGCCAUGGGUCAGAGGCCCACCGUUCCAAAGGUAACAAGCGACAGCAGCCAUGGGUCAGAGGCCAACCGUUCCAGAGGCAACAAGCGGCAGCAGCCAAGGGUAAGAGGCCAACCGUUCCAGAGGCAACAAGUGGCAGCAGCCAUGGCUCAGAGUCCCACCGUUCCAGAGGCAACAAGCGACAGCAGCCAUGGGUGAGAGGCCCACCGUUCCAGAGGCAACCAGCGGCAGCAGCCAUGGAUCAGAGGCCAACCGUUCCAGAGGCAACAAGUGGCAGCAGCCAUCGCUCAGAGGCCCACUGUUCCAGAGGCAACAAGCGACAGCAGCCAUGGGUGAGGGCCCCACCGUUCCAGAGGCAACAAGCAGCAGCAGCCAUGGGUGAGAGGCCCACCGCUUCAGAGGCAACCAGCGGCAGCAGCCAUGGAGGCAACAAGCGACAGCAGCCAUGGGUCAGAGGCCCACUGUUCCAGAGGCAACAAGCGGCAGCAGCCAUGGGUGAGAGGCCCACCGUUCCAGAGGCAACAAGUUGCAGCAGCCAUAGGUCAGAGGCCCACCGAUCCAUAGGCAACAAGCGGCAGCAGCCAUUGGUCAGAGGCCCUCCGUUCCAGAGGCAACAAGCGGCAGCAGCCAUGGGUGAGAGGCCCACCGUUCCAGAAGCAACAAGCGGCAGUAGCCAUGGGUCAGAGUCCCAACGUUCCAGAGGCAACAAGCGACAGCAGCCAUGGGUCAGAGGCCCAACGUUCCAGAGGCAACAAGUGGCAGCAGCCAUGGGUCAGAGGCCCACCGUUCCAGAGGUAACAAGCGACAGCAGACAUGGGUGA